AUGACAAAACCAACUUUUUGUGGUCAAUUUUCCGAUGAUGGACAACGUUUUAUUAGUGCUUGUCAAGAUUAUUGUAUUCGUCUUUAUGAUACAUCAUCGUCACGAACAUUUAAUCGUCUAGCAGAAAUUGAAGUUGAUGAUGUUGGUUGGUCUAUAUUAGACACAGCUUUAUCACCAGAUCGAAAUAAUGUAGCUUAUUCAACAUGGUCACAUAGUAUUUAUUUGGUAAAAUUAAAUGAAAAUCAAUGUCAACCAAAUAUUAUACCAUUAUAUUUACAACCUCAUUCAAAUAAUUUUUCAAUAUUUUCUCUACAAUUUUCUGUUGAUGGUUCAGAAAUAAUUUGUGGUGCAAAUGAUACAUGUGUAUAUAUAUUUGAUCUUCAAAAACAAAAACGAACAUUACGUGUUUUAGCUCAUCAAAAUGAUGUUAAUACUGUUCGUUUUAUUGAUAAUUCAAAUUCUUUAGUUGUUAGUGGUUCUGAUGAUGGUCUUAUUUUAGUUUGGGAUCGACGAGCAUUAAAUGAAUCUCAACCUAAACCAGUUGGAAUAUUUGCUGGUCAUACAAGUGGUAUUACUUUUGUACAUAGUCGAAUGGAUUCAAGAUAUUUAAUAUCUAAUUGUAAAGAUCAAACUAUUAAAUUAUGGGAUAUGCGUCGUUUUGCUAAUAAUUCAACAAUACAGAAAAGUCGUACAAUGUCAAAUGCUAUUAAUCGCGUUUGGGAUUAUCGAGCUGGUGUACAACCACAAACACUUCAAAGACAUGAUAUACCAGGUGAUCCAAGUGUAUGUACAUAUCGUGGACAUUCUAUUGGUUAUACACUUAUACGUUGUUAUUUUUCACCAUCAUUUACAACAGGACAACGAUAUAUUAUUACUGGAUCAUCGGAUGGUUGUGUAUAUAUUUAUGACGUUCUUACCGGUGCUAUUGAAAGAUGUCUUCGUAUACGAAAUAAUCAAUAUGGUGGAGGAAGAGAUAAAUGUGUACGAGAUGUAGCUUGGCAUCCUUUUGAAAAUUAUAUUAUAUCAACAUCAUGGGACAAUCGUCGAGCUCAUGUACGUUGGACACAUAAAAUAGAUGCCUCUACAGAACCUAGUUUAUCACCUCCAGUGGAGACAAAAGUUGCUUCUGUACAAACUCCACCUUCACCUACAUCAACAAGUCGUCUAACAACAUUUCAAAGAUUAUUAAUUCAACCAUUUCUUAACAUUGAUUAUGAUAUGGAGAGUGAUACAGAUUCAGUUUCCGAUUAA